AUGUCGGAGGUCUUGGGUACUCUGGCGAGUAUCAAAGCGCUUAUGGAGGUUGUUGCAGAGUGUUCUAAAUUUCUCAGUGGGACAAUAUUGAGCAGCCCAAAAGAAGCAAAACUCGGAAAUGAAUUACGCACACUCGAGAAAGUGCUUGACGAGCUGCUGAUGAAUGUCGACCGGGGCAUAGGCACCUACCUAUCAUCAAAAACACUGGAUAUUGUUAGGAAUUACACUGAAGCCUGCAUUAAAGAUAUAAAGAAAUUUCAGAAGAAGAUGAGCAUGAGGUCAGAGGAAAAGGGGUUUAAAGCAUUCUUGAGCUGCCUACAAAGACAGCAAAAGGAGAAAAAGACUCAAGAGUUUAUCAGCACAAUAGAGAGGCGUAAGAGCACUCUCAUACUUUUCUUGGUGGUGAACCAAAUGGGGUAA